AUGACUAUAAGAGUUGUGAUUUUUUUGGAAUUCGUGCAGGUUCAGUACUGGAGACUGUAUUUGUUGGCAGUGGUGUUGGGUAUUGGUGGCUCUUUCCAGUACGGUCUUCAGAUCUCAUUCCUGACCGCCCCAGCAAAGCACAUUCAGAACUUCGUGAAUGAGACGUGGCUGGGGAGGUACGGGGUGGCUGUGGGUGAUUCCACUAACACACUCAUCUGGUCCUUUAUCGUGUCUGUGUGCAGCCUGGGCGGAUGGUUAGGAGCCAUACACAGUGGCAGUCUGCCGGUCAAAUAUGGCAGGAAGAAAGCGCUGCUCAUUAAUAACGUGGUUGCCAUGGUAGCGGCCCUGCUGAUGGUUCUAAGCCCUACGGCCUGGUCUUUUGAGAUGAUCCUACUUGGCAGAUUCCUCUAUGGUUACAACAUUGGUCUGGGCCUGAGUGUGCAUCUCAUGUAUCUGGGAGAAAGUUCUCCGAAAAAACUCCGCGGCUUCCUCACGCUCACAUCCUCCAUCUUCAUCGGACUGGGCAAACUCAUGGGCCAGGUCGUCGGAAUCAGGGAGUUAAUGGGUACCGAGGACAUGUGGCCGUACCUGCUGGCUCUGGGCGGCCUGCCUGCUCUCGUGCAGUUUCUGUCCCUGCUCUGUUUCCCCGAGGCUCCGCGGUACCUCUACAUAGACAAGGGUGACAAAGAGACCUGCAAGAAAGUCCUGCAGUGGCUGUGGCAGGAGGAAGACCUUAAGAUGGAGUUGGAUGACAUGGAGAAGGAGAGAGAGAGUGUUCAGGGUCAGGCGGCGAAAACGGUUCUGGAUGUUCUGCGUUCCCGUGCGGUCCGCUGGCAGAUGCUGGCUCUGUCUCUGCCGUGUGCAGGAGUCCAGUUCUGUGGCAUCAAUGCUCUUUAUUUCUACGCCUUUGACAUUUUCCGUGAGUCUGGAGUGGAAGAGGAACAGAUGCACUAUCUGUCCCUGGGCAUUGGCAGCACAGAACUCAUCACCGUUAUCAUCUGUGCUUUCAUUAUAGACCGCGCCGGCAGGAAGAGACUAAUGGGCUUUGGCUACCUGAUCAUGGGCGUCGUCAUGUCACUGCUGAUUUUCAUGCUAUCCAUCAAGGACAUGUACACAUGGGUGCCCUAUUUCAACAUCGCCCUCAUAUUCUCUGUUAUUUGCGUCUAUGGAGUUGGACCAUGCGGCGUGUCCAUGUGUCUCCCUGCUGACCUCUUCCUUCAAGCCUGGCGACCCUCUGCCUACGUGGUCAGCGGAACCAUUAACUGGAUCAGUUUAUUCAUAAUCGGGAUGACCUUUCCCUACUUAGUGGACAGCCUGGGACAGUACUGUUUCUUGAUCUUUGUGACCUACUGUGUCUUCAGCGCCGCGUUCCUGUUGUUCUUCAUCCCAGAAACCAAAGGGAAGACGAUGGUGGAAAUCACAGAAGAUUUCAACAAGCUAAACUAUAAGAACAGAGCUAAGGACUCCGACAAGGAUGACUUAGCCCUCGCUACCAAGUUAUAA